AUGUCGGGCAUGACGCCCUCUUCGACAUCCUCGAUGGACAUGAACAUGAUCAUGAAGACAGCAUCUAUGAAUAUGCCCAUGCCUACGAUGUCUACGUCCAUGAUCUCAUCUCCCACGACCACAAUGGGAGGAAUGGAUAUAGCUUCGGCUGUCUCUCAAUCUCCUCAAGCGGGCCUGGCGACUUCAAUGGCAGAAAUGAACGAUAUGUGCGCUUUACCGGGCAUGCAAGAGAUGUGCAACAGUCAAACACGUACAGUAGUUGGGGUCUGCGCUGCCUUGUUGGUUUUAGCAACGAUGGCUGUCGCUCUACGCUUGCUGUCCAGAAAGCUGUCAGCGCUGCCAUUCUGGUGGGAUGACCUGAUCAUCGUUGCGAGCCUAGCCAUAUCAUACACAUGUUCCGCAAUUACGUUCGUCGACGCCAACAAUGGCAUUGGGAGGCAUUUUGAGACAGUGCAGCCAUCUAGUGUGAAUCUGGUGUACAGGACCACAAUUGCUUAUCAAGUCCUCUACGCUGUCUGCAUCACUCUCAUCAAGAUUUCUAUCCUCCUCUUCUACCACCGUAUCUUCGGCGUCAGCAGAUCCUUUCGACUCGCAAAUUGGAUAGUACUUGGGCUUGUCUGCGCGUGGUGUGUGGCUACAUCGCUGGUCAAUAUCUUUCAAUGCAUACCUAUCAAAGCUGCAUGGGAGCGUACUAUCCACGACAGUUCAUGCAUCAACAACAAUGCCUCGCUGCUCGGUACUGCCAUCACAAACGUCCUCCUGGACUUUGCGAUCCUCGUCCUCCCGAUUACGCCAAUUUGGAAUCUUGCUCUCACGGUCCGACAGAAGCUCACGUUGACUGCCAUAUUCUUGUUGGGCGGCUUUAUCGUCGCAGCCGCCAUCCUUCGUACCUGGUCAAUCCUCAAUCUCUCCCAAACGGAUGUCACCUGGUCUUACGCACGACCACUCACUUGGUCCGCGGUCGAAAUCUCAAUUGCCAUCACCUGCGCCUGCCUACCAACACUUCAGCCUCUCGGCCGCGCCGCCUACGUCUUCAUCACCCACCAACCCCAAUACCCCUCCGCAUCGUCCACUGAUAGAAGAUCGCGCGAAAUACGCAUUGCCCGCCCUACCCGCCUAAAUAGCUCCUCCCCUCGCGACAAUGCUCGCUCCCCUGCCACAUCUCCUACACCAGGACGAGACUUCUAUGCGCUCGAGAAACAGCUGUUCCAUCAUGACCAUGUGACGAGUGCAUGGGCUAGCAAAGAAGCUCUGGCAAAAGUGAGCCAAGAGCGUCGAGACUCUGAGACAAAUGGCUGGGUUAGAGGCGGUGGUGGGAUGGUGAGCAGAGAAAGAGAUGAGAAAUGGGCUAAUACUAAUAUAUGGCUGAAGAGGAUACAAGUCACGCAGGAGGUGGAGAUUGAGAGCAAGAGAAACGUGGAGAGGCGAAAGAGCGAAGAUCUUGAUUGA